AGAGUGUGAAGAUACUGUGAGCAACACUGAAGAGAAACAGAUCUGCGAUGGCCAACCACAACGGUUUGAUCAUUGAUGUGGAUGUAAGAAGUCGUGAGAACAACUCGGUACACCGCACGAAGGAGAUCAAUCCUCAGCAUUUGAUUGUCCGCAGAGGUCAAUCCUUCUCCGUAACUCUCCAGUUGUCCACUUCUCUUCCCCCCAAACACCACCUGGAACUGGUCCUGCACCUCGGUCGGAGAGACGAGGUGGUGAUCAAGCUUCAGAAGGAGCGAGGAGCCGGAGACAAGUGGUGGUUUCACCAGCAGGGAGCUCAGGAUGAAAUACUGCUGACUCUGCACAGUCCAGCGGACGCCAUCAUUGGACAAUACCGUCUGGCUGUGCUGGUGAUGUCACCGGACGGACGCAUUUUAGAGAAAAUGGACAAAACUAGGUUCCACCUGCUGUUUAACCCGUGGUGCAAAGAUGAUGUGGUUUACCUGCCUGAUGAGAGUCAGCUCCAGGAGUACGUAAUGAACGAAGACGGAACCAUUUACAUGGGAUCCUGGGAUUACAUCAGAAGUAUUCCCUGGAAUUAUGGACAGUUUGAUGACGAUGUGAUGGACAUCUGUUUUGAAGUCCUGGACAACUCCAAAGAGGCCCUGAGAAACUCAAAGAUGGACACUGAGCGCAGAUCUGACCCCGUCUAUGUCGGCAGAAUGAUCACAGCGAUGGUGAACUCUAAUGGUGACAGAGGUGUGCUGACCGGACGUUGGACUGAGCCGUACUCUGAUGGAGUCGCACCAUAUCGAUGGACCGGCAGCGUGCCGAUCCUCCGACAGUGGAGCAAGGCUGGGGUCCGAGCGGUUAAAUAUGGCCAGUGUUGGGUGUUUGCUGGUGUCGCAUGUACAAUGCUGCGCUGUCUGGGAAUCCCAACACGCCUCAUCACCAACUACUCUUCAGCCCACGAUGUGGAUGGAAACCUCUCUCUGGACUUUCUGCUGGAUGAAAAUUUGAGGAGCAUAGACAGCAGAGACAGCAGCUGGAACUUCCACUGUUGGGUCGAGUCCUGGAUGAAAAGAGAUGAUCUCCCCAAAGGAAAUGACGGCUGGCAGGUUUUGGACCCCACCCCUCAAGAACUGAGUGAUGGUGAGUUCUGCUGUGGUCCGUGUCCAGUGACGGCCAUCAAGGAGGGAAAUCUGGCAGUAAAGUACGAUGCUCCGUUUGUGUUCGCUGAGGUCAACGCUGACAUCACCUACUGGAUGGUCCAAAAAAAUGGACAACGCAAGAAGAUCAGAGUGGAUCAGAGCAGUGUGGGGAGGAACAUCAGCACCAAAAGUGUUUUUGGAGACCACAGAGAAGACGUCACUCUGCACUACAAAUAUCCUGAAGGCUCCAGGAAGGAGAGAGAAGUGUUUGAGAAGGCGGGUCAACCUUUCCCCAAGCCGACCAAUGAGAGCACAGAACCAGGACAACUGCAGCUGUCAAUCAAGCAUGCUCAGCCUGUAUUUGGGACAGACUUUGAUGUGGUUGUUGAGGUGAAGAAUGAAGGAGGCAGAGAUGCUGUUGCUCAGCUCACCAUGUUGGCCACAGCUGUAACUUACAAUUCUCUCCACCGGGGGGAGUGUGAGAGGCAGACGACCACUGUGACUGUACCAGCUCACACAGUCCACAAAGAAAUGCUUCGUCUGCAGUACGAUGAAUAUGCCAGGUGUGCCUCUGAGCAUCAUUUGAUCCGGAUGAAAGCAUUUUUAGAGGCUCCAGGGGAGAACGAACCCAUCAUGACUAUGGCCGACAUCCCACUGAGCACACCUGAGCUCCACAUACAGAUUCCUGGGAGGCCUGUCGCAUGGGAACCAGUGACAGCCUUCAUCUCCUUCACCAAUCCUUUACCAGUUCCACUGAGGGGGGGUGUUUUCACUGUGGAGGGGUCCGGCCUGUUGUCUGCCGCUCAGAUCCAUGUAAAAGGUGUUAUUUCUCCAGGCCAGAAGGUUUCUGAGAAGCUCUCCUUCUCCCCCAUGAGGAGCGGAGUGAGGAAACUCCUGGUGGACUUUGACUCUGACCGGCUGAAGGACGUGAAGGGAGUUGCUACUGUGAUUGUUCGCAAAAAUUACAGAAAUAGCUUCUCUGUACUCCCUGGAUUUUACUGAGAGACCUAUGAAGCAACACAUCUUCUGUUGUGGAAAAAAAUGUGCCAGUUUGAGUGCAAAGUCAGGGACCUGAUAAAACAAAUUUUGUCAGUAACUGCAAAAAUGUGAGGCCAAAAUGAACAAAAUUGGGCUAUAUGGACAAAAGACAUCUGAAAGAAUUCAGAAAUACAAUGAAUGUCACUAUUCUUAUCAAAAAAACCCAAAUAAAACAGUAAAUUAAACAGUAGAAAACUAUAGCAUUAUUAAAACUGUUCUACAGAUUGCUAGCUGUAGUUCUUUAACCUCUUAAAACUCGAGCUUUGGUUGGGCUUGCAUUUUAGAUUUCUUCCAGUUAUUUGGGUUAAGGAGUAACCAAUAAAUAUAGUAAUCUGAUAAUAUCUAAUAUCAGAUUCUGUUUUAUAUUUUAUUAUAUGAAUAUUAUAUUGCUAUUAUUAGUGUUGUUGCUAUUUUAUUAAUAUAAUUAUUAUUGUUAUUACCAUUAUUAUGAACACUAUGCUCUUUUUGAAAAAAAAAAAAGAUGUCCACAUAUGUGGACGCCAGGUCCUAAGAGGUUAAAAUAUGAUGCAGUAGAAAUGAAGAACAACUAAUGCUACAUCCACUUUAGUCAUAGCACCAUCACGCUUCAGUGACUAUGCUUGGAAGCAUUUGAAAAAAGCAGUUUUUAUGCAUUUUUACAACAGAUACAGCCUGGUUCCGGUAGAGGAGCCUCCAUGCUGGAAGGGUUAAAUGGAAGUUAAAUGGAAGUUGCACCAGGUUGUGAAUUUACACAAAGAAAUAUCAGACAUAGUAUUCACUUAAAGCCUUUAUGUGUGAAAUCUGAAUAUUUUAGACAAGUAUUUGAUUGGAUUUCUUCAUUGCUUCUUUCCCCCUGGUCCUACUCACUGCUGGUUAUUGGCACUUGACAAAUCAACCAUAAUGUUUUGUCACAUGUGUUUUUUACAGGGUGUCUCUGUUACUUACUUAAGUAUGUAAUCACUCAAAAUUAAUUGUUGGAUGUUUUAUUACUUCUUUGCACUGUUUCCAAUCCAGAGGUCAAAAUAUGAUUGGAAGAAACCAGUGUUUCAUAUCCUUUAGUCUUCAUCUUUAUGUAUUUGUUUUGGUAAUAAUUCUGUAUGCGGGUAGAUGUGUGCACUGUGAGGAAAAUAAAGAUUUUUUCAUAAGUAUUCA